GGAAAAAUGUUUGGUGUGGCCAUUAAAUGGAAGAUAUAUAAGAGGCUGGGGUUGUGUGGUCCAGUUCGUGUCCUCUACAGCAGACAUGACUGGUGUCCUGGUGAAGACCUGCCUGCUGGGGGCCCUGGCCCUCACACUCCUACACUCAGGAGCGCAGGCGCAGUGUGACAACGUUGAGAUUAUUAACGAGUGGGAGGAUAAUUACCAGGCUGACUUCAAUGCACCAGCUCCCAUAGACAUUGAAGACCUUUCUGUGGAGAUGACCUUCAGUAGACCAGUCGACGAGAUUGUGAACUACUCAGGUGACGUUACCAAGAUUGAUGAUUACCACUUUAUCCUCACCUUCCCGGGAGUCAACCUUAAUGCCGGGGAUAACAUCAUGUACAGAUUCCAAGUUGUGUACCCCAGCUUCCUGCCUCUGGUUGUUACUGAGGUGGUGAACGGCGUGGAGAUCUGUGAUGCAGUGAUCGUCACUCCUCCUCCCUUGGAGAAUCCAUGUGCAGAGACUGGUAUGCAGCCAUACGACUACAGCCAGGUACUGUGCAUGUCGUACUUGUUCUACGAGGCUCAGCGGUCAGGCAAGCUGCCUGCUGAUCAACGAAUCACUUGGCGUGGAGACUCGGCUCUUGAUGACGGCUCUGAUGUUGGUCAUGACCUUAGUGGUGGCUACUAUGAUGCUGGUGACCACGUCAAGUUUGGGUUCCCGAUGGCUUUCACGGCCACUAUGCUGGCUUGGGGACUCAUAGACUUCGCUGAAGGACACGAAAUUGCUGGUCAGACUGAGUACGGUCGCGCAGCAGUCAAGUGGGCCACAGACUACUUCCUGAAAGCUUACACAGCCAAGAAUGAGUUCUACGGUCAGGUGGGCAAAGGAGACGUCGACCAUGCCUAUUGGGGUCGCCCUGAGGAGAUGACCAUGGAGAGACCUUCCUAUAAAAUCGACGAGGCAAACCCAGGAAGUGAGUUGGCUGGAGAGACAGCGGCCGCCUUGGCAGCAGCAUCCAUAGUCUUCAAGGAGGCGGACCCGUCGUACUCAGAGACGUUGCUGGCCACGGCCAAGGAACUGUACGACUUCGCAAACAACUUCCGACAGAACUAUGACGUCUCUAUCGAAGACGCUUACUACUACUACCACUCAUUUAGCGGCUACGGUGAUGAGCUUGGCUGGGCGGCGCUGUGGCUGGCCAGGGCCACGGGAGACGACGCGUAUCUCACCCUCGCUAGAGAACACUGGGACGAGUUCCAGCUUGGAGGCUACGGUGGCUCCAUCGGCUGGGACGACAAGCGAGGCGGCGUUGAUUCACUCUUCUACCUACUGACUGGCGAAUCCCAGUAUUCUGAUCUUGUCAACCAACACCUGGACUGGUUGAGGAACGAUGCCCCAUACACCCCAGAGGGUCUGGUCUUCCUGAACGCCUGGGGUUCUAACAGAGAUGCUGCCAACGCCAUUUUCCUCGCACUCUGGGGAGCUAAGAAUGGACUCAACACAGAGCUGAACCAGGAGUGGGCCAGGGGUCAGAUGGGUCAGCUGCUUGGAGACAACCCACGCUACCAGUCCUUCGUGGUGGGCUUCGGUGUUAACCCACCUCAGAAACCUCACCAUCGUUCCAGUUCGUGUCCGAGUCUUCCUGAGGACUGUACCGGCGCCUUUAACAAUCCAGGACCAAAUCCUCAGCCUCUCUACGGUGCUCUGGUCGGUGGCCCAGAUGAGGAUGGUAGUUAUAACGAUGACCGCGGGGACUACCAGCACAACGAGGUGGCCUGUGACUACAACGCUGGCUUCACUGGGUCUCUGGCUGCUCUGGUGGAGAUCAGUAGCCCAGGUCGUUCUCUGGUUACUGCAGUCAGGUCAUUCUCUGAUUACUGCAGCCAGGUCUUUCUCUGGUUACUGCAGCCAGGUCGUUCUCGGGUUACUGCAGCCAGGUCGUUCUCUGGUUACUGCGGCCAUGUCGUUCUUUGGUUACUGCAGCCAGGUCGUUCUCUGGUUACUGCAAUCAGGUCUUUCUCUGGUUACUGCAGCCAGGUCGUUCUCUGGUCACAGCAGCCAGGUCGUUCUCUGGUUACUGCAGCCAUGUUAUUCACUGGUUACUGCAGUCAGGUCAUUCUCUGGUUACUGCAGCCAGGUCGUUCUCGGGUUACUGCAGUCAGGUCAUUCUCUGGUUACUGCAACCAGGUCAUUCUCUGGUUACUGCAGCCAGGUCGUUCUCUGGUUACUGCAGCCAGGUUGUUCUUUGGUUACUGCAGCCAGAUCGUUCUCUGGUUACUGCAGCCAGGUCGUUCUCUGGUUACUGCAGCCAUGUUAUUCACUGGUUACUGCAGCCAGGUCAUUAUCUGGUUACUGCAGCCAGGUCAUUAUCUGGUUACUGCAGCCAGGUCGUUCUCUGGUUACUGCAGCCAAGUUAUUGACUGGUUACUGCAGCCAGGCCGUUCUCUAGUUACUGCAGCCAGGCCGUUCUCUAGUUACUGCAGCCAGGUGAGGGUAGUGUGGUUCUGGUCCACAGUGUCUUCUGCAGCAGACAUGACUGGUGUGCUGGUGAAGACCUGCCUGCUGGGGGCCCUGGCCCUUACUCUUUUACGCUCAGAGGCGGAGGCGCAGUGUGACAAUGUUGAGAUAGUCAACCAGUGGGACAUCAACUACCAGGCUGACUUCAAUGCACCAGCUCCAGUAGACAUCAACGGCCUCACUCUGGAGUUGACCUUCAGUAGAGCAGUUAUCGAGAUUGAAAAUUACGGAGGAACGGCAACCAAGAUCGAUGACUUUCACUUCAUCCUCGAAUCUCCAGGAGUUAACCUCAAUGCCGGGGAAAACAUCAUGUUUCGGUUCCUUGUAAAGUUCUCCUACUUCAUGCCUCUUGUGGUCAAGGAGGUGGUGAACGGCGUGGAAAUCUGCGAUGCGGCUAUCGUCACGUCAUCUCCCACACCUAACCCUUGUGAUGAGACUGGUAUGACACCCUACGAUUAUAGUCAGGUACUGUGCAUGUCGUACUUGUUCUACGAGGCCCAGCGGUCAGGUCCUCUGCCAGCUGAUCAACGAGUCACUUGGCGAUUCGACUCAGCUCUAGAUGACGGUUCUGAUGUUGGUUACGACCUUACUGGUGGCUACUAUGAUGCUGGUGACCACGUCAAGUUCGGGUUCCCGAUGGCUUUCUCCACUACUAUGUUGGCCUGGGGCGUCAUAGACUUCGCUGAGGGGCACGAAAUUGCUGGUCAGACAGAAUACGGUCGCGCAGCGGUCAAGUUGGCCACUGACUACUUCCUCAAGGCUUACACUGCUAACAACGAGUUUUAUGGUCAGGUAGGCAAAGGUGAUAUAGACCACUCGUACUGGGGACGCCCAGAAGAGAUGACCAUGGAACGACCUUCCUAUAAGAUCGACGAAGAUCACCCAGGAAGUGAACUGGCGCGGAGACGCGCUGCCCUGGCCGCGGCAGCCGUAGUCUUCAAGGCCGCCAAAAACGGCUUCGAUACAGAAUCCAACCAGGAGUGGGCCAGGAGGCAGAUCGGCCAGAUGCUGGGAGACAACCCUAAGUACCAGUCCUUUGUUGUGGGCUACGGUGUGAACCCUCCUGAGAAGCCUCACCACCGCUCCAGCUCCUGUCCCAGUCUUCCAGAAAGCUGUAUCGGGGCAUUUAACAACCCAGGACCCAACCCACAGACACUCUACGGUGCCCUAGUUGGCGGUCCAGGCUUGUCCUCUUCUACAGCAGACAUGACUGGUGUCCUGGUGAAGACCUGCCUGCUGGGGGCCCUGGCCCUCACACUCCUACACUCAGGGGUGGAGGCACAGUGCGAACACACGGUCAUAACGGAGCAGUUUCCUGGCAAGUAUAUGGCUGAGUUUACUGCCAUUGCCCCAGUGGACAUGGAUGGUCUGACUCUGGACCUGACGUUCAACACUCCAGUCGACAAUGUUGCUUUCUUUGAUGGAUCGUCGACCAAGCACGACGACUACCACUUCACGGUGGAAAGUCAGAAUAUCCACGUGAAGGCCGGAGAAGAAUUUUCGACCAAGUUCCAAGUGGAGUAUUCUCACUACCUACCGUUUGUAGUUAAUGAAGUGGUCAACGGCGUGGAAAUCUGUGACGUUAUCGUCACUACACCAGCACCAAUGCUGAACCCUUGUGCUGAGACUGGCAUGACCCCUUACGACUACAGUCAGGUACUGUGCAUGUCCUUCGUGUUCUACGAGGCUCAGCGGUCAGGCAAGCUUCCUGCUGAUCAGCGCGUCACUUGGCGUGGUGACUCAGCUCUUGAUGACGGUUCUGAUGUUGGUCAUGACCUUAGUGGUGGCUACUAUGAUGCUGGUGACCACGUCAAGUUUGGCUUCCCCAUGGCUUAUACCGCCACUGUGCUGGCUUGGGGCCUCAUUGACUUCGCUGAAGGAUACGAAGCUGCUGGUCAGACGGAGUACGGUCGGGCAGCAGUCAAAUGGGCCACAGACUACUUCCUUAAAGCUCACACUGCCACGGAUGAAUUCUACGGACAGGUAGGCGCUGGUGGUCCAGACCAUGGUUACUGGGGUCGCCCCGAGGACAUGACCAUGGAAAGACCAUCCUAUAAAAUUGACGAACAGCACCCAGGAAGUGAUCUGGCUGGAGAGACAGCUGCUGCCCUCGCCGCCGCCUCCAUUGUCUUCCAGGAUGUGGACUCAGCUUACGCUGCAGAGAUGCUGGGCGUAGCCAAGGAGCUCUACGACUUCGCCGACAACUACCGUGACAUCUACGACAACGCCAUCACAGACGCCACAGCAUAUUAUCAUUCAUGGAGCGGAUAUGGUGACGAGCUGGCCUGGGCGGCCCUGUGGCUGGCUAGAGCCACUGGCGACGACACUUACCUCGAUCGCGCUAGGGGACACUGGGACGAGUUUGACUUCUUGGCAGAAGAUGUGCUGCAGUUCUCAUGGGACGACAAGAGGGCUGGAGUAUAUGGACUUCUCACCUUGCUGGAUGGUUCUUCAGAGUACUCUGACCCCUUCGUCAAGUAUCUGGACUGGUUGAAAACCUCUGCCCCGUACACCCCUCAGGGUCUGGUCUUCCUCGACCAGUGGGGCUCGAACCGUCACGCUGCAAAUGUUGCCUACAUCUCUCUUUGGGCCGCCAAGCACGGCAUUGAUGCAGCAGCCAACGAAGAAUGGGCCAGAGGCCAGAUCGGUCAGUUGCUGGGAGACAAUCCUAUAUACCAGUCCUUCGUGGUCGGCUUCGGUGAAAAUCCUCCUCAGAGACCCCACCAUCGCUCCAGCUCGUGCCCAACUCCUCCUGAAACCUGUGAUGGAAUGAUGACCUAUGACGGUCCCAACCCGCAUGUUCUGUACGGCGCUCUGGUGGGAGGACCAUCUUCAAGUGGAGACUACAACGAUGACCGCCAGGACUACCAGCACAACGAGGUGGCUUGUGACUACAACGCUGCCUUCAGCGGUGCUCUGGCUGCUCUGGUCGAACUCAGCUAGACGUCCAAAAUUAGAUUUAAACACCAUUUCGGAGCUCUUUUUGAAGACCCUUUAGCUGGUUCUAUUUGAACACCAUUUGCCUAGGCUCUAUUUGCUCUAACUGAGCUCAGCUAAAAGUUAAUUAAUUUAGCUUUGAACACUAUUUACCCGAGCUCCAUUCAAACACCCUUUACCUGAGCUCUAUACGAGCACCCUUUACCUGAGCUCUAUUUGAACACCCUUUACCUGGGCUCUUUGUUCUGACUGAAUUCUGUUAGACUCCAUGAAUUAAUUUUCAACACAGUCUUUCUUUAAUAAAAAAAAACUCUACAAGUUUUCCAUCUUUUCUCAUCUCUCUCCCUAUUAUCCAGAACAUCCCAUACACAAUGACUCUCUAGUUGUAAGAAAUUCUUGACAUUCUUGAAGUCGUAAUAAAUGCAGCCAAAGGA